AUGAGGCUAAUUCCACUAUUUGUUUACGGCUCUGAUGAGCCGGAGCUUCCCGUCCCGAGGUCUCAAACCCUCCUGCCUCCUCCAGGUGGAGAGAUGCCUGCAGGCUCAGGGUGCCCCUCAGGGCCAAAAGAAGGCCGCAACUGCUACAGUAUAGUCUCUCUACGCAUCAGUCCGUGCAGGGUUGUAGCUGCUUGCGGCUGUAGCGAUGGUUACCUGCGGUUGGCGGCAGUUCCAAAUGCUUCGGGAGCGCACCCUGAAGCCUGCACCCUUGCUGCUGCUUCUUCUCCCGCACCUGCUGCUGUCGCUGUUACGGGGUCAGGCUGGGUGACACGCAGGAAGCUGUCGGAAGGCAAGCAGAUAGCUCCAGUGACUUGCGUCGCCUGGGAACCCUCGGCUGCGCCGCAGCUCUUCUCAGAGGAGGGGAAGGCCCUGGGGUACUCUUUGCUGUUGCUAGCCACCACAGGGGCAGGUCAGAUAGUACAAUGCCUCGUCACUGCAAUACCGUCUGCUGCUGAGCCUCCCAUCACACCUGCUGCACCUGAACCCCCACCCCCGGCUAAAGAAACCCCACUUCCAAAUGACCACCCCACACGAGGAAUCGUACCGUUCUUCGUUGACGAAGUGAUUCCUGUGCGUCUCCUCAAAAGUUCCCCAGGACCAGAAGCACCAGCAGUACCACCAACACCCGAAAGUCCUCCUGCUGCUUUCGUUCCAUCGGUGCACUAUACCAUUGCGGAAGUAUGGAGGGAGGAAAUCCCUCAAGAGCAGCUGCUGUGCUGCGCCUUCAGCAGCCGCGGCGACGCCUUUGCCGCUGCAGGCAGGGGCCGCACAGUCUACGUGUUUGAUACAGCAACAAAACACUUGAUUCACUCCCUGAGUAGGGCAUCCCCAGAAAACCCCCUGCUCGCUCGUACACUGAGAGCUGCUGUUGCUGGGGGUAACGCACCUACUACUACUACCACCCAGGCAGUGGGUGUUUCAGCCCGCGCACAACAGCAGCAGGACCCCCUCGCUCUGUCCAGCCCUCCCAAUCUGACGAAUGCAACAGCCGGACUAAGACCAACGGCGCCAGAACGCACUGCAGUACAGCGCGUACCAAGAGCCGGAGGGACUGCAGCUACCGUGGCAAGGGGGGGGGCCCCUCAUGCCCUUGGUGCUCCACCUGCUCCCCGUGCGGCUGCGCCUGCAGGAGGUGCUGGUGCUGCGUCUGCAGUCCGCAAACCUCAGCCAGCGACAGCAUCCACAUCGCAGACGUCGCCUGGGGCGGCAGCUGCUCCCGUAGCAGUUGCACCGCAUGGUCCCGGAUUAUCCACAGCAAAUCCAGCAACAACGCAAAGCAGCGGAGUGACCUCUCAGAGGGCUCCUGCGGCAGUACCAAGGCACCCACUGGCUCUUUGUGUGGGGUCAUCUGAACACCAUGCGCAUGGCAACCGAAUCGUGCAGGUCUUGUUCUUACCAGAGGACAAAGACUUUGUGAAAAGCAACAGGAAGCAGCAGGUUCCAAAGCUGCUGACAAAACACACGAUCAUCUCCUGUGGAGUCGAUUCUACCAUUCAGCUGUGGAGCACCGAGAGACAGCUCUCAGUGGGGGGGACUGCAGAGUGCUCGCCUUUAGGGGAGUCCGUAGUGCUCCUCUCCCCUUCGGCCGCGCUGGUGGCUUCACACCGAGAUGAACGACAGCUGAUGAUCCUGAAGCUUCCCGAGUUUGAGGUGCAGCAGGUUUUGGAUGCAAAUAUGGCGUGCAUCUGUGGCCCUUCAGGACCUUCUCCAGAGGCCCCCCGGCUGCUACCCACUCCUUUGGGAGAUGGAGACGGCAACAAUACCCUCAUAAGCAAGGCUCCGCUCGAUGAGGGGGUUCUGACGACGCAAUUUUACUGUUGCAGAGUUGCAGUGCUUCCAGAGGGAAGGGUAGCCGCGUGUUGCGGCGGAAACCGACAUCAGAUCCGGACAUAUUUUUUGCCGUCUGGACUAGAGCAGGCUUGUACCGGAGGAGGCGGUGCCGCUUCGAGCAGCAACUCUAGCAACACCUGCCCUUGCAGCCGCAACGCGUUUCACUUGUUCGGCCUAGAGACAGUGCAGCAUCCUCCCUUGACACUCGAUGUGUGCUGUGCGUCUCCGGUGCCCCCACGCCCCAAGAAGCAGCAGCAACCGCAGCAGCAGCCGCAGCAGCAGGCAGCAGCAGUCCACUUGCAGCCUGCCGCAAUCGCAAUGGCACCUCAAGUGCAGCACAGCAUCAUUAGCUCUUUUGCGGUCAGGCCUGCCAGCAAGCCACCGGUCGAAGAGCAGCAGCAGCAAGAGGAAGAGGAGCUCCCAGAAGAAGACGUCUCAUCGGCGGCCGUCUCAGGCAUCCUGAUGGCUGCAGUUCAAGGACAAGUUGCAGUGUACGGCAUUACAGGAGGGCCAUCAGAUUUGAGUCAGGAGUUUUCUCGGCUGCGCCAUCAGGUUUGGCAGCGGCGAUGCGAAGAGGCCCUGGAUGCAGCAGCAGCAGCACGCAUCCUGCAGGCGCAUGCGGCAGCAGCAGCAGAUCCUGGAGCGGCAGCGACAGACAGAAAGGGUGGUGGUGGGCUCCACGAGAGAGAUGACGAAGAAAAGGAGGACGACAGGGGAGCACCCACAGCAUUGCAGGGGCUCAGCUGUGUCUAG